UUUUUUUAUAAAUAAUUAAAAAAAUAAAUACAUAAGCUAUGGAGCGGCCCCAAAAGAUGGCCAAGGUGAACAACAUGGCUCCAGCGGCGGUGCAGAUAACGGCAAAGCAGCUGCUCCGUGAGGCCAAGGAACGGGACUUGGAGAUUCAGGCCCAACAGCAGCAGCAGCAGCAAGUGACCGCCCAGAAAAAGCAGGCGGCGGCGCAGGCUCAGCAGCAACAGAGGGAACAGCAGCAGCAGCAGCAACUGGUCAAAUCCCAGGCGCAGGCCCAACAGCAGCAGGCGCUUGCCAACGCCACUCAGCAGAUCCUUCUGGUGGCCCCAAACACCUUCAUCACCUCGCACCAGCAACAGAUGUAGCAACUAC